AUGUCGACCCCAACUCCGGCCGAGAUUGCCUACAUGGAGGCUCAUCCAGAUGAUUCCAAAAUCGCCAACCUUGUUGCCUGUGGUGCCGUCACGUUAGGCAUCGCUUACAUCGCCGUCAUCCUCCGGAUCGUAGCCCGGACCAAGACGGCAUUCCGAAUGGGCGCAGACGACUAUAUGAUUAUUCUCUCAUUGCCGAUAUUUACAGUUUUUUUUGCUUUCUUGUGUAUGACUUGUCACUAUGGCAUGGGAAAGCACAUUAUCUUCGUCACCGACACCAAAGGCUUGUUAGUUAGCAUGACCGUUGUCGAAGUACUAUACAAUGUGGUCAUCCUAUGGAUCAAAGCUUCUAUUUUGCUCCUCUACUUGCGCAUCUUCCCCGUUCGCGAGUUCAAAAAGUGGACUUGGGUCAUGAUGGGCGUCAACGUCGCAUACAACAUCACCUUUAUGGUUUGCUCCAUUGCUCAGUGUGUACCAAUCAACUCUCGGUGGGACCCGAGUAUUUCUAGCGUCUGCCUCAACUACUACGCCGUCGUGGUCGCCAGUGGUGUAGUCAACAUCGUCACCGACGUCAUCAUCCUGGCCAUGCCUAUUCCUCUGAUUCACCAGCUCCAUAUCCCUGGCCGCAAGAAGCACAUGUUGUCUGCUGUGUUUGCUACCGGUGCUGUUGCUUGCUUCAUCUCAAUUGCUCGUUGCGUGGAGGCGUCCGCCCUAGGCUCAGCAGACUCAACCUGGGACCAGGUUAGCGCCCUGUAUGUUACGUCUCUCGAAAUCAGCGUCGGUAUUGUGUCCGCCUGUGUGCCCACCUACCGACCUCUCAUCAGCCGGGUGUCGGAAAAGAUUAUGCGAACCACCCCCGGCACGAACAGGGCCACGGAUCACUAUCAGCUCUCGGCUACUAGCAAGAAUGCUGGAAGCCGCUAUGGCUGGAACAAGACCGAAACCAGCAGCCAAAGCAAUCUGCGCGACGACUCAUCUGCCAAAGGCAUCACUAUUUCGAGAGACUACCAGGUCAUCUCGGAAUAA